AUGGACGUGCUAGGCAAGAUCGUACAGGGCACAGGAUGCUCCGUGGACGGCACCGUAGCAAUGCAGAACCCGCUGUCGCGUGCGCUGGACAGUGUAGUGCAAACGCAGAUGCGUGGUCGUUCGGCACGUGGGCCCAUGCCGCCGUAUCGUGCUCGCAGCGGCCUCGAGGUGCAGAUGCAGCGUCCCAACAUGGCACAGAAUGAGAGCCCACAGUUCUUGACGUCCUUUGAGAAGGAGGCCGUCAGCCUCUCACGUAUGGAAGCAGCUUUUCAAUCAGGCGCGACCCAACAGCAGAUGAUGCAUGCACACCAGAUUUCCAUGAAUGUGGCCUUUGAAGAGGCUCAGCACGCACAAUUUCAGCACAGACAGGAUCCAUCAUUGACGGGCACGCAAAUAGUGGACCCGCUUGCCAUGCAGCAUUGUACGUGGGUCGACGAGUUCUACUCCAGGCCUUUGGAUGACGCCUGGCAGACCGCCGGCCAGGAGAUGGUAUGGGAUAAAAUUAAGGCACCAGCGCCCAUGAUGUAUAAAAAUAUGAUGCAUCCUGCACCGUCGAUUAUGCAGCAGGUGAACGCACCACUGGAACAAGCGACACAAUCGUUUGCAAACAAUUUGAAGACACAACAGGUCUGCAGCGAGAUGGCGCGUACCAUACGUCAGAACCCGGAUGCCAAGUGGCAGAACAGCCAGUUUCUCAAGUUUAUGAACCAAGUUGGAUCGGGUGAGGUGCAAAUCGAUGAGGAGAAGAAUGAGGUUGCAGGCGCAGAGCUUAAGAUAGAAGGCGGGCUGGAAGGAGCGUGGGAAGAAGACACAUUGGACGUGCGUUCGAACCGCGAAGUUUUUAAUGCGAGCUGGCAGCAGAGUGGAAAUGUGUCGGCCGCCGUCAUGGAGAAUGGGGUUGCAGAGGCAGCUACUGCUCGCUCGCAUGCGCCGAAAAUGGAAGGAGCGUGGAAGGAGGCGGGCACAGCUAACGCUAUGCGGCUGAAUACUGCAUGGGAUGAAUCAAAGACUGCAGAGGAAAAGGCUUUGGACAGUGCGUGGGCAGAUGGCGAGAACCUAGAAGCAAUCUGGGAAAAGGCUAUCACGGAGGCUCGUACGACAGACCCGUUCGAAGACGUGUGGGAUUAUGCGACUAGCCAAUGCUACACCUACAAGGCCAAUAAUCCGUUUUUGAACUCGUCGGAGAACUUUCAAAAAGGCAUUGACUUUUUUAAGUCAGGACACCUGGAUGACGCAAUCCUUGCUUUCGAGGCCGAGGUGCAGCAACACUCGGAUAAUAGUGAGGCAUGGCGAAUGUUGGGUGAGUGCCAUGCAGAAAAUGACGAGGAUAAGAGCGCUAUUGCUUGUCUGGAGCGUGCUGUGGAGGAGGAUCCGUAUAACCUCAGUGCAUUGUUGGCACUUGGUGUCAGCAACGUAAACGAGCUAAAUUCGCAAGGUGCACUGAAAACGCUGAAGGCGUGGGUGCACCACAAUUCAAAGUUUCACGGACUGGAGAUUCAAGUGGAUGAGUACAGUGAUGGAUCUUUGAUGGACGAAGUAAUGCAGCUAAUGCUGCAGGCACGGGCGCACGACCCCAGUGAUUCGGACGUGCAGGUCGUAUUAGGCGUCCUUUACAAUGUAUCAAAGGACUACGAUGCAGCAGUCGAGAGUUUUAAGGCAGCUACGGACUCGCGGCCGGAUGAGUAUGGGCUGUGGAACAAGAUCGGAGCGACGCUAGCAAACUCAGCUCGCUCGUCGGAGGCUAUCCCUGCGUAUCAUCGUGCAUUGGAGCUAAAGCCUCGCUACGCCCGCGGGUGGCUGAACCUGGGAAUCAGCCACGCCAAUUUGGGAAACUAUGAGGAGGCGACAAAGUGCUAUUUGCAGGCACUGAGCUUGAACAAUCGUGCAGACCACAUUUGGAGCUAUCUAAGAAUUUGCUUCACAUGCAUGGAGCGAUUUGAUUUGGUGAAGCUGGCGGAUACGAGAGACAUUAGCUAUUUUCGGGAAGAAUUCAAGCUCAUCGACUUCUAA